AUGAAGUUCUUCAUUGAUGAUCUUCCGGUGCUGUUCCCGUAUCCUCGCGUUUACCCCGAGCAAUAUGCAUACAUGUGCGAUCUCAAGAAGACCCUCGAUGCCGGGGGUCACUGUGUGCUGGAGAUGCCGUCUGGGACAGGCAAGACAAUCUCGCUUUUGUCGCUGAUCGUGGCAUACCAGCAGCAUUACCCUGAACACAGGAAGCUGAUCUACUGCUCGCGAACAAUGUCCGAGAUUGAGAAGGCGUUGGCAGAGUUGAAGGGGUUGAUGAAAUACCGAUCACAGGAACUGGGCUACGAAGAAGAGUUCCGCGCUCUAGGACUCACUAGUCGGAAAAAUCUAUGUCUGCAUCCGUCCGUGAAACGGGAGAAAAGUGGUACUGUUGUCGACGCUAGGUGUCGAAGCUUGACAGCGGGGUUUGUCAAAGAAAAGAAGGAGCGCGGCGAAGAAGUCGACUUGUGCAUAUACCACGAGAAUCUUGACCUUCUCGAGCCGCAUAAUCUCGUCCCGCCCGGCGUGUUCACUCUUGAUGGCCUGACCCGUUAUGGAGAAGAGCACAAGCAGUGCCCCUAUUUCUCUGCUCGACGCAUGAUGCCUUGGUGUAAUAUCAUCAUCUACUCGUACCACUACCUCCUCGAUCCGAAAAUUGCCGAACGCGUCUCCCGAGAACUAUCAAAGGAUUGUAUCGUUGUUUUCGAUGAAGCGCACAAUAUCGACAACGUCUGCAUCGAGUCCCUCAGUAUCGACCUGAGUGAGGAUUCCCUACGCAAGGCCACGAGGGGCGCUGCGAAUCUUGAGCGUAAAAUUGAAGAAAUGAAGAGCACAGACGCUGAAAAGCUUCAAAAUGAAUACUCGAAACUUGUGGAGGGACUGCAACAAGCAGAACAGGCGCGGGAGGAGGAUCAAUUUAUCUCGAAUCCCAUAUUGCCAGAUGACUUGUUGAAGGAGGCAGUUCCUGGCAACAUUCGUCGCGCUGAGCACUUCGUUUCCUUCUUGAAGAGAUUCAUCGAAUACUUGAAAACUCGGAUGAAAGUGACACAUACCAUUUCGGAGACACCGCCCAGCUUCCUUACCCAUCUGAAGGAUCUCACGUAUAUUGAGCGAAAGCCAUUGAGAUUCUGUGCAGAGCGUCUAACAUCACUCGUCCGAACCCUGGAGCUUGUCAAUAUUGAAGACUAUCAGCCGUUGCAAGAGGUGGCCACCUUUGCGACUCUGGUCGCAACCUAUGAAAAGGGAUUCGUCCUCAUUCUCGAGCCAUUCGAGUCUGAAGCAGCCACAGUCCCCAACCCGAUUCUGCAUUUCACAUGCUUGGAUGCUGCCAUUGCAAUCAAACCCGUUUUCGAUCGUUUCAGAUCCGUCAUUAUCACUUCCGGUACUCUCUCGCCCUUGGAGAUGUAUCCGAAAAUGCUUGGUUUCACUACUGUGAUGCAAGAGUCAUACAGUAUGACCUUGGCUCGUCGGUCCUUCUUGCCCAUGAUUGUUACUCGAGGGUCAGAUCAGGCACAAGUCUCCUCGUCGUUUGGUAUUCGCAACGAUCCCGGUGUGGUUCGCAACUACGGUACGCUUGUCACCGAGUUCGCUCGUAUCACGCCAGAUGGCGUUGUCGUCUUCUUCCCUUCAUAUCUCUAUAUGGAGUCGAUCAUUAGCAUGUGGCAAGGCAUGGGUAUUUUGGAUCAAAUUUGGAAUUACAAACUAAUCCUCGUCGAAACCCCUGAUGCGCAAGAGUCAUCUCUGGCUUUGGAGACAUAUCGGACCGCUUGCUGCAAUGGACGCGGUGCAAUCCUGUUUUGCGUCGCUCGAGGAAAGGUGUCUGAGGGUAUCGAUUUCGAUCACCAUUACGGCCGUGCAGUGCUGUGCAUUGGUGUGCCAUUCCAGUACACAGAGUCUCGUAUCCUGAAGGCCAGGCUUGAAUUCUUGCGAGAGAACUAUCGAAUUCGAGAGAACGAUUUCCUUUCCUUCGAUGCGAUGCGGCAUGCGGCGCAGUGCUUGGGACGUGUACUUCGCGGCAAAGACGAUUACGGAGUCAUGGUCCUUGCAGACCGUCGUUUCGAACGAAAGCGGCCGCAACUUCCAAAGUGGAUCAACCAGGCAAUGCUGGACAGCGAAACAAACCUCAGCACUGAUAUGGCUGUCGCGAAUGCUAAAAACUUUUUGCGAACUAUGGCGCAGCCUUUCAAAUCCAAAGAUCAAGAAGGAAUUUCAACCUGGAGUCUGGCUGAUAUUGAGCGCCACGAGGCUAAACGCAGGGCUGAGGAAGCACGUCUGAUCAACGGCGAGCCUGUCCGUCCGAUGAAUGGUGUCACAUCGACGAUGCAGAUUGUCGAGGAUGAAUAUGACGAUGACAUCGACGACGAUCUUAUGAUGCUUGACGCCCAGUGA